GAGGGGCCUGGGAGGGAUGGAGGGGCUCCGGGGGACAGGGAAGCUGCGCCUGCAGGGGCUCAGGGAAUCCAGGGGCUCAGGGAGAGGAAUUGAGGUCCGGGGAGCCCCGGCAAUGUCCAGCCGUGCCACGUCAGCACAGCAGCAAAGAUUGGGCAAUGGCCUGGCUGUGUGGAGGGGUCAGUGCCUGCCCGGACAGCCGGGGCUCCCUGAGGCCAGACGGGGACACAGCCACUGAGCCAUGGACGCUGGGUCCCCCCCUCAUCCCCCCAGGACUGCUGAUGGCCCUGGAUGUGCCGCAGGAGCGGGGCCUGGGGCACCUGGACCAGCGGUACCUGGACGGGCUGGACGUGUGUCGCUUCCCGCUGCUGCCCUUCCUGCAGCCCCUGCCCCUGGACUGGAUGUACAUGCUCUACACCAUCAUGUUCCUGGGAGCGUUGGGCAUCAUGCUGGGCUGCUGCUACCGGCUGAGCUGCAUCGCGUUCCUGUGCCCGUACUGGUACCUGCUGCUGCUGGACAAAACCUCCUGGAACAACCACUCCUACCUCUACGGGCUUCUGGGCUUCCAGCUGGCACUGAUGGGUGCUGACCGCUACGGGUCCGUGGACGGGCUCUUCCGUCCCCAGAAGCGGAAUGCCCACGUGCCGCUGUGGAACUACGCCCUGCUGCGUGCCCAGGUGGGUGUCCCUGCCCCGGGACCCCCGGGACCCCGG